AUGAUGCUCACGAGAGGCAGAAGCAAUGCUAUCCGAGAAGCCCCAGAGGCAGCGAAGAUCAAGACGUCUUUCGUCAUGAGACAAGUGCUUCGUGAAGAUCAAUAUCGGUGGGGGGGUUGGCAGAGUUUCGGCGGUCAGAGGGGUAGGGGUUUCUGA